GACGGCUUUUCCCGUAGGGCCACUGUCAGAGUGGGUGGAAGCAUCUAUCAAGCUUGAAGCCUCCAGCAAAGACCAGCAGCUGGUGUGAAACCGUGGACGGCUCCUCUCAGCUGAAGCCAAUGAAUACUAGAGCCCCAGGGCCUCCAAGGCUGUCUAGCCCCUGUCCGGAGGAGCAGGAAGCCAGGCUGGUUUAUCCCAGUUUACCCCACGUGGAGCUCUGGGCCCGGGGCGCAGGAACUGCAGGCCUACCUGGAAGAUCAGCCAUGGCUCAGGUUGUUCUGAGCCUGAGCGAGAGUCUCCAGGAUGAAGCCACCUGCCCCAUUUGCCUGGAGUUUUUCAGGGACCCCGUGAUCACAGACUGUAGCCACAACUUCUGCCGGGAGUGCUUUGCUCAGCACUGCAAGGAGUCGGCGAGGAACAUCUCCUGUCCGCAGUGCAGGAAGAAAAUCCAGCAGAAAAACUUGCGGCCUAACAGGCAGCUGGCCAACAUGGUAGAAAUCGCCAUGAAGCUCAGCCUGGAAGCGGCCAGGAAGGCAAGAGAGAUCGUGUGCGAGAAGCACAAGGAGCCUUUGAAGCUCUUCUGCGAACCCGACCAGAGUCCCAUCUGCUUGGUGUGCAGGGAGUCCGAGGAGCACAGGGCUCACGCCGCCGUCCCCAUAGAGGAGGCUGCCCAACACUACAAGGAGAAGCUUCAGAACAGCUUGCAUUUCUUGCAACAGGAGAGGAAAGAAUUCAACCCCAAAGGAGACGAGAAAAGCAAUGAAAUGCUGAGACAGGUGGAGUCCGAGAGGCAGGACGUUUUGUCCGAAUUUGAGCAGUUGCACCAGUUUCUGAGCGAGCAGCAGUGCCUUUUCUUGUCGCAGCUGGAAGUGAUAGAAAACGAGGUUUUAAAGAGGCAGAAUGAGUAUGUCACCAGGGUUUCGGAGAAGAAGUCCCUCCUCGCCACUCUGGUCACCGAGGUGGAGAAGAAGUGUGGCCAGCCUGCGAUGGAGUUCCUCCAGGAUGUUGGCAGCACCCUGAGCAGGUGCGAGGGUGUGAAGGCUCCCACCCCAGAGCCCGUUCCCCCUGAGCUGGAGAAGAAAGUCAUCAGCUUCUCUGAAAAUCGCAUCCUGGUCACGGGCCUGCUGGCCACCUUCAAAGAGAAUCUGCGAGCCGCGAUGGAUAAAGAAAGAGCCGACGUCACUCUAGACCCAGACACAGCAUAUCCCUUCCUUGCGCUGUCGGAGGAUGGGAAAAGCAUGAGGCUUGGACAGAAGCAGUCGGACAUACCUGACAACCCCAAGAGGUUCACUUCUAGCCCCAGCGUCCUGGGCACCGUGGGAUUCGCAGCAGGGAGGCACUAUUGGGAGGUGGAGGUAGGCGACGGGAACUCCUGGGCUGUGGGGGUUGCCACCGAGUCCGUGAAGAGGAAAGGGCAGCAAGAUCUUAUAACGGGAGGGAUCUGGGCCCUGCGGCGUGGCUGGAACGAUCAGUACACAGCUCUCACUUUCCCCCCAACCUUGGUCUCGCUGGAGGAGAAGCCCAGGAUGAUCAGAGUCCACUUGGACUAUGAAGAGGGGCAGGUGACCUUCUACAACGCAGAGAACAUGGUGCAAAUCUACCAAUUCACUGCCACUUUCCAUGAGAAAAUCUUCCCUUACUUUUGGCUCUGGUCACCCAACUCCCAGCUCCGGCUGCAUCCCUAAAGGGUAUCACUGUUCUCGGAGCAUCUUGCAGAAGUAGUCCUGGACGCUUCAUCGGAGCCAGAGAGACGGGGUCUAUAGGACUGCGCCCUCGGGGAUGCUCUGCAUCUGUUUCAUGACAAAACACACAAACUCCCUGCCUACCCCUGGAUCAUCCCCGCCCAGUGCUGCGAAGCCCCUUGAGAGCGCUCCAUACUCCACGUUUGAAUGGGUAAGGGGAGGGCAUCAUAGCACUCUGCGGGGGCACAGGAAGGAGGAAAAGCCACCUGAGACACAGGUGGCUUCAGUAAAAGAAGUAUGGGAGGAAGUUUUGGGCAUAAAUACUGAAUAGGAACGCCAUUCUGAGAGCAGCCUGGUGGCUCGAAGACCUGGGGUUUGGUUGCUGGCUUGAAUCGUGACUUGAAUUAAGAUUGUCCAUCUCUGGGGCAGCCGAUGUGGCAUCUUUCCUAGACCCCAAAUUCGUAGCAAUUUCGACCGCCCUCUCCUUCCCUGUUUGUGCUUUCCUACUGGCUUGAAGCAGUAACCAAUAGUAAACGGUGUUCAUAUGCUGGUUUCUUCCUCGAAAGCUUUUGAGCAAAUCAAGCUAAGUGUUCCUGUGUCCUCACAAUGACACGGGUCUGCGACAUCCGCCAAGGGGUUGGGCGCCAGUUGGUGCAGCUGUGAUGCAUCGAGAUUUCCGUAUGGGUAUUUCAUGUUAAAGUACCAUCUAGCGGCAGGUAUGGGGAAGGUCACCGGGAGCCUUGCAGGCUCUGGCUUCCUGCUCCAGAAAUUUGGAUUUUACCAUCGGAAAUUCUGCUGCCGUCCUCCUCCGUUUCGGUGCUAAGAGAAGCUUUUCAUUUCAGCUGGAAAGCAAACGCCUGUUUCUCUAGCCUCUCAUCCCUCUGCUCCUGGGAUCUAGGGGCUGUCACCAGGGAGCAUUUUGGUGGAAAGCCCUUGGCAGAGCGAUGGCAGCAUAUCAAUGCCCCUGGGAGACUGAGUCAGACCUGCAGGGAACGGCCACCAACCCAACAUCAGCAGCUCUGGCAAAUCCUGGUCACUUGGGAGAAGUCUCUUAUUCCAGAUGCAUUCACAGACCACUUCCAUGCCUCUUCCUGCAGCCAUGUGAAACCGGUCCCAGGCAAGCUGCCAUCGCAGGAGGAAACGGCCCAUCCUAAGGCUUUGGCUUGGGGGAUGCUGUCCCUAUGUAGCACCUUCCUUUUCACCUUUUAAAGACACGCAUGCGCGUUCAUGUGAUAACGGUACUGGAAGGAGGGGAAAGGAAUUAUCGAGAAGGGAGGGAAUUGAACCCAUAUGUUGUGACAGUUCAGGGAGGAGGUUGAGAAAUGCACAAAUGCAUUUUUCUCUCUUGGAGGCCUGCACAUGUCUCGCAUGAACAGGGAGGCUACAGAGCCGCACACAGCACCUCUGCCAGGGACCGUGUUUCCUUUCCGCUCGGCAGCUCUUCUCGCAGGCAGGUGAAAGCGUGCCGCAGCACGCCGCUGUGCAAGGAUGCUCGGUGGACUGCUCGUUCUGAGGGCUAACGAGAGAGAACAAGUAAACCAGACCUGGGGGGUGCGGGGGGAACUACAAAAAAUAAACCAGAGCAGUGAGCUGCAGGCGCCUGGUGACUCGCCAACUGGAAGAUGCUAAAGAGCCAAUGAGUUAAAUAUGAUCUGCAAAGAGGGGGGGGAAAUGAGCUUUUGGCUUUUUUUCCCCUUUGGAUGCAUAAGAAAGCCAUGGAACAUUAUUUUCACAAUAUAGGACUGCAGUACUAGUAGGGUUACUAUGAGACAAAAUAAUGAAAACCGAGCAGCUGAGAGGGGAAGAAAGGCUUAAUCAGACUAUUUUGGAUUCUUUUGGGGUUUCUCUGUUAGCCCCAAGCUUUGCUUUUUGCAUGUUGCUGCCUUUCUUUUAGCUGUUCAUUGCUGAUAGAUAAGUGGUGUCACAUGAAAGCAAUAGCCGGGCUCCCCUUGUCCACACGUACACAAUGCAUGGAUUAGGGAUCGUGAGCUGCUCUCUGGCUCAGUCAGAACGGCCUCAAAUCGUACUCUAAGUCACCAGCUGUGGUGCGGGUACCACCAGUGGUACGCAAUCUGCCUGGCAGUGGUACGUGUUGGCAGAUUUAUUAGAAUUAUAUGACAAAAAAAUUGAUGGUUGUACUUCAGGCCAAGCUGAAAAAAUUGCUGGUGGUACUUAAUGCUGUAUCAUUUUAAACUGCGGUUUGGGAACCGCUUCUCCAAGGAGGUUUCUGCCUGGGGUUGGGAUAGUGUCCCAAGGGACAUUUGGAGGGUGGUCAAGAUUGCUGAGCCUUCCUUGGCACAGGGGCUAUCUAUCCAUUACCCUCCAACCUUGUAUAUUGGGCUCUCAGCUCUGCGAUAAAGAAGUGUUACUUAGCGCCUGUUUAAGUCAAACACCUGGAAAACAAUAGGGAGAAAAAGGUUUAGGGAUGAAUGAUUCAGCCACCUCAAUCAUAACCUUUCAAAUGCAAACUGAAGAAAUCCCUGCCAAGGUGCUUAUUCUAGUUCUCUAGGAAUACAAGGCUAACUAUCCCCAGCAUUUCUUAGGUUAAAAAAAAUCUAGAAAAACAAAAUAGGAGAUAAAUUUAAGGUCUAAUCCUACUCAAAGGUGACUUUUUGGCUGAAUGGAGCCCCACUGAACCCCAGUGCGGAAGAGUCCCAAGAGUGCCGCCCCGUUGCUUUCCAUUCAUGUUCGCACUGAUCCUUUCGUCUACAGCAACGGUUCCCAAACUCUGACGGGUUGCACACCACCAAUUUAAAACGAUACAACCUUACGUGCCACUAGCAAAUUUUUCAGUUCAACCUUAAGUACCGCCAGGAAAGUUUUGUCAUAUAAAGUAAUUGUAAUAAAUCAGUUAAUGCGUACCACUGACAGGUUGUGGUGGUACGCCUACCGCUGAUCUACAGCCUUACUGGAGCGGAGGGGUCAGAGCAGCAUUUCCCAAUCCCACGGUCCUAACCAGUGGAAUACACAAGGGGCCUGUCAUUGAGGGUGUGAUUGGUGCCUUUGUGUGAUUGCUGUCUUCUAACACUCAAGAUCUGUCUGCAGCAUUGACCUAAACAUCCUGCUCAGUGACACAAGGAUGUGCAGUGGUCUUUCUCUAGACUGUGCACGGACUUUUUUAAAAGUGCACGCACACGUACACACACAACAUUGAUAAUGAAACCCGUGACGCUUCCCGCUGCGGCCGCCUGGGACUGACAUUUUGUGCAACGCCUUUUUAUAUUGAGCUAUCAGCCACCUUAUACCAAAGCCUUCACACAAAAGUAGGUGCCGCAUCCAAAGCAGACGACUCUCAUUGAUCUUGCAAAGCUCUCACUUGGAUCAGAAAUGACAGGAAGGGUGUCGAAGGGAGGGAAGAGUGGGGAUCAUGGGAUUGGGGGUGGGGGGGGUUGGCUUUGUCAUCAGUAUGUGUGAUUUGUGAAAUAAAGUACAUCUUUUCCAUC